GUGAUUGUGAGGAUGGGCGACGGCAACGCAUUACAUGCGCCGAGAUCGCGACGCCCCGAGGACGGGAAUGCGCGCGAGCGGCCGAUUCCACCUGUCCCGGUCGCGAACCGCGUUUUCUGCACCUUUAGCGACUGCCCGCAGUGCGCGCAUGGAUUCAACGAGUCGUACCUGAGGAGCUACCGUCCCAACGGACUCAAGGUUUUGAGAUGCUUUCCACACUGCUGUCCGACCCACAUGCUCAACAGUACGUGCGGCACGUCCGUCAUGAUGCAAAUCGCGGGACAGUUUUCCCCGACCGAAGCGCUGUCGUUCGUGACGUUUGCUCGAUUUGAAACGACGAUGGACCCGCCGUCGUUCCACGUCGGCAACUGCGUCCCAUUUGCCGAGUUUGCCGACUCGGAUUCGAAAUCGUCGCCGUGGUAUCCCGGCGCGCUCUCGACCAACUCUGCCGACGACGACCUCCUCAUGCGAUACACAUUCAACGAGCACAUGCAGCGGCCGUGGAGCUACGGGUGGACGUCGAGCGCGAGCGCCGCCCUUCGCAACACAUUGCACGUGUUCAAGGCGUAUUUAUUGUGCUCCAACGGCAACGAUACCCUCGUUGUUGUGGGGAUGGCGCAGUCCCAGGCAUUUUCGAUCGUGCCGUAUAAAAGUGCGGUGGCCGACCGGAAACUGCAUCGACCUACGUCGUCGUCGUUAGCACCACCGCAGCCACCGACAACGGCGCCAUCGCGUACGGUGGCGCCCAGUGGAUCCUUCUCCUGCGAGUUUGUGCCAUGCGCUUGUGACAAGCCCCAGUUUACGUCGAGUUACAUCCGAUGCAAUCGAUCAAAUGGCCGAAAACAACUCCGGUGCUUUCCCCACUGUUGCCCCGAACACAACUUGCACUGCAGCUGCGGGGGACCGAUCGCGGUUGCGGUGGACAUGACCCACCCGAUCGAAGGCGAGAUCGUCAUGUAUGCCCAUGGCGAGCGGGUAGAUGAUGCCGAGUUUGCGCUAAACCAAGUGGUCGCGCACGAUGUGAUUCUGUCACGACUGCACGAACCUGGUCAGAACGACCGCGGGGACUGGGUCCCUGGCAUCUUUCAACCAUCGCAGUCGACAGAGCGACGGUUGGUCUUCAAUUUGAAUGAAAACUCGACGCAUUUGGGGUGGCCGUACAACUGGAAAGGCAGCGCGACCAAAGUCGACCGCAACCAACAGCACGUGUUGAAGGCGUAUGUCUUUCAGCUGUCACCCGACAACACAGCGCUUCGCGUGCUCAACUGGAUUGCGUCGACGCCGUUCACGAUGUCGUCGUUUCGACGCAGCAACACAACGCCAACAUCGCGCACGAACAAGUACAUUCAAGUCAUCCCGACCGAAAUUACAGAUCAGUCGCUCCAGGUGCUGCGGAAGAAGGUCCCGGCCUCACGCAAGCGACAGCAUGACCAUGUCGAGUUGCCCACAACGCUCCUCAACGAAAUCAACUCUGCUGGGUAGACAUGUGUCUCGCGCUGUCCUCGUAAUGGAACGCACACGU